AUGGACCCUGAGGAACUCUAUACCAAACAAAAUUGUAUUGGGGGGGGCAGCUUCGGAAAAGUAUACAAAGGAGUGGACAAGCGCACCGGGCAGGCUGUGGCAAUCAAGGUCAUAGACGUGGAAAAUGCUGAAGACGAAGUCGAAGACAUCAUACAAGAGAUAUCAAUCCUUUCGGAGCUGCAGUCCCCCUACGUGACAAAAUACCAUGGCUCAUAUCUUAAAGGCUCCGACCUAUGGAUUAUAAUGGAAUUCUGCUCGGGCGGCAGUUGCUCAGACUUGAUGAGACCCGGUCUGAUCCACGAAGACUACAUUUGCAUCAUCAUUCGAGAACUGCUCAUGGGGCUGGACUACCUACAUUCUGACAAGAAGUUGCACCGAGAUAUCAAAGCCGCCAACGUGCUUCUGGGCCAGAACGGACAGGUCAAACUCGCCGAUUUCGGGGUGUCAGGACAACUCUCGGCCACCAUGACCAAGAAGAAUACUUUUGUGGGGACUCCAUUCUGGAUGGCACCUGAAGUUAUCAAGCAAUCUGGGUAUGAUCACAAAGCGGAUAUCUGGUCUCUGGGUAUUACUGCGAUCGAAUUGGCCCAAGGAGAACCACCCUACGCAGACAUCCACCCCAUGAAGGUUCUUUUCCUAAUACCCAAAAACCCUCCCCCAACAUUACAAGGAAGUUUCUCUCGAACAUUCAAGGACUUUGUCGACCUCUGCCUCCGCCGAGAUCCUAAAGAACGGCCCUCUGCUAAAGAGCUGCUGAAGCACCCGUUUGUGAAGAAAGCGAAGAAGACGACCUACCUGACCGAGCUCAUUGAGAGGAACGAAAGGUACAUGGCAACGCGCGGCAGUCGUACCUCGGAUGAUGAGGAAGAAGACGAAGAACCCGUAAGACCAGCAGCCCAUCGGCCAGAGGAUGAGGACUUGUGGGACUUUGGUACUGUGCGACCUGUUGGCGGCCGUGGACCAGGACUUCGCCCGCUGAACGACUCCGCCACCAAUGCAAGGGCUUCUGCAGAUCCCGCCGCCCCCGCGAAGAGCACCUCAGACUGGGACGAGACUGUCAAAAUCCCGUCAUCCCCUCAGAAAUCGCCUGUCAGAGGUGCAUUCCCGACACCCGUAAAGGUGCGACCACCGUCAUCUCCUGCGAAGGCGGCAGCUUCAGCCCCUGGCGAGAAUCAGGCUCCAUUCGCUGUUUCCGUCCCUUCCGCCACUCCGAAGACGCCAGCUGCUCGUGUAGCGACCCAAGACGCCCCUUCGCAACCCCACAGAGAAAGUCCUGGGUCAAAUGAAUACAACAAAGCAUUUCAGGCUCAAUUGGCCAAAGACAUGGGGUUCUUGAAGAUCGACACCGAGAAUAGUCCGAAGUCGCUGCCGUCUCAGGGCCAGACUCCUCCAGGCAAGAAGCCACACAUGGUUAUCCCAGAAAUCCCGCCUUUCAAGGGAAAGCCAGGACGCGGUGAACCGGUCCAGAAGUCCCAGCCAUCUGCAUCUUCGAGACCUGUCAGCCAACAACCUCUUCCAUCCUCCUCAUCUGUGCUCUCCAAACCACUGCCCGUAGGUCCUGCAUCGAUCGCCAACCAGCAACCACUGCCGCCACUCACGACAAAAACAAAUGUAUCGCAAUCAUCAACGCCCGGCCCAAGCGGCACUCCUCCACAGAUACCUGGGCCAGACCCUCAUCAGGAGCUCACUGCUUUAAACUCGGUCCUGAUCCCAGCUCUUGAAGCAGCAAUGCACCGUCGAACCUACAUGUUGAAAGAGCUUGCUCGACCAAGCAAGUUGAGCUCCUCCGCGGUGGCAGAAAUGCACCAGCAGCGAGCUCAAACGCACGAAAAGGUCCGCAAACUUGCGGCCAAAGUGGCGGGUGUGUUUCACGAGAUCCAAAAGUGCGACGAGGAAUUUCCUGUCGGUAUGGGAGGUGGAGUAAUGGAGUUCCUGGAGGGCUUUUUGGAGGAGAUUCUGGUCCGGGUUGAGGCGGCUGAUGAGCCGGAGCCCAGCCCUCCAAAAAAGACAUGA